AUGUUUCCUGCUGAAGCUCCAAAGACGGAGACUAGUAUCCUGCAAGAACUGGCUUACAUUCCUGUAGAUCUGCUUGAUGUGUUUAGCUAUCAAAAUGAGUGUCUUAUCUUGUCUCACAUUUUCCAUCAGAAGUCUUCUAACCUUCCAUCCGUUAAGCCUCAUUUGAGACCUUUAUUAAGUUUAUUAUAUUCAGGAAGUGCUGAAGUACGAGCAAAUUUUUGUAAACAAUUAUACUGUGAUGAAAUAAAUCGUUUGAAUAUUGUGAACCCUGUCUUCUGUGAAUGGUAUGUUCUAGUUUGCUGGCUCGUGUUUUUGCCUAAUAUGUAUUCUGCCACACCAUAUGAACGUGUUAUUGUAGCACGCAGCAUAGAAGAACGGCCAGCCAUCAUUGACUACUUACUGCAUUGUAUUACAGCUUUCAUGGAUGAUAUUGAAGGAUAUGGCCGCAUGAUAGCAUCUUUCUUCAGCUUGCCGAAGUCAAAUUCUCAAAUAGCUGCGGGUAUACUUGUUGAAAUUGAUGAAAAUGCAACCAAUGCACCGAGCAAAUUAGGACAAAUAGACAGAUUGGACAAAGAAUUCAUUACCAAACUACCGAUUACGUUUGAUUUUGCUGUCAAUUGGCAGGUCAGUGUGAUAGAACUGUAUAGAAAUGUCAAGUCAUUUAGACCUAUUAUUGA